CGACGCGCGCGGCGCCGGCAGUCGGACUGGACUGGUGGUGGGGCGGCGGCGCCGGCAGUCGGACUGGACUGGUGGUGGGGCGGUCGCGCGCCGGCGGGGCGGUGAGGUUCGUUACGACGCUGUGCCGCGAGGGACACAGCCGCAGGUAGCCGCGAAGGACAGCCGCCAUCCGCGCUGAGGGACACCGACCACCGGCCAUGGACAGCUGCGCAGUGGCCGCGACUGGACGCCGGCCAGUCCCGUGACGCGCCGCGGCCGCGUCUGAGGCCGCCGAGCCGCUCCAGCCAUGACGCUCUGCAAGACGCCGCUGCUGCCGCUGCGAGUGAUGCUCUUCUCUUUCUACGGAGGGGUGAGCUGCGUGCUGCCGUUCGUGGCGCUGCACAUGUCGACGCUGGGCCUGUCGGCGGCCGAGCUCGGCUGGCUGCAGACGGUGCUGCCGCUGGCGGGCUGCGCCGGCCCGCUGCUGGGCGGCGCGCUGGCCGACCGGCUCGGCUCGUACCGGCCGCUGCUGGUGGGCGCGCUGCUGCUCUGCGCCGCCGCCUACCCGUGCCUGAUGCUGGUGCCGGCCGUGCAGCCGCCGCCGCCGGCCGACGCCGAGCUGGAGGCGCUCACCUUCCUCUGCACCGACCAGGGCGGCCUGCUGGCCGCGGCGCGCUGCCAGCAGCCGUGUCGGCUCGGCGACCCGCGGCCGCGCCAGUACUACCUGGAGCGGUGCGCGUUCACCUGCCGGCCCGGCGUGCCGCUGCCGUCGGGCCUGCCGCACCUCUGCCUCACCUCGGGCGAGAACACCGUGUGCGAGCUGGUGGCCGACGUCGGCGACGGCCUGGUGGUGAACGGCUCGGUGCCGCGCCUGCUGGAGCAGCCUGACGAGCGGGGCCAGUGCAGCUACCCGCUGGUGGACCUGGCGCGCGGCCACCAGACGUUCGACGCGCUGACGUGCCGCGCGCCGCCGCAGUGCCACGUCAGCUGCCACGCGCGCCAGCUGAGCGUGGGCGCGCCGCCGCUGUGGGCGGCCGGCCGGUGUCGGCGGCCGCCGCCCGACGGCCGGCUCACCUUCUGGCUGUACUUUGGUCUGCGCGCCGUCACCGAGCUGUGCCUGCCGCUGGCACUGGUGCUGGUGAACACCAGCGCGCUGGCGCUCUGCCGCCGCCACGGCUCCGACUACGGCUGGGAGGCCGCCUGCGGCCUGCUCGGACUCGUGACGUUCGCGCCCAUCUGCGGCUACCUGAUCGACGUGCACGAGAAGCUCUUCAAAUACCUGGACUUCAGGCCCAGUUUCUACGUGUUCUGCGCGCUGAUGCUCAUCUGCGUGAUCCUAGCCUCGGUGGUGCCGGUACCUCCGGCGCCGACCGGCCGGCGCGACUACCUGCGCCCGCUCGCCAAAAGCCUGUGCAACCUCGAGUUUUUCAGCGUUCUGUGCGUGCUGAUGCUGCUCGGCACGCUGUGGGGUUUCCUGGAGGCGUACCUGUACGAUCACGUGAGCGCGCUGGGCGGCUCUCAGCUGCAGAACGGUCUGAGCCUGGCGGCGGGCACGGCGCUGCUGCUGCCCUUCCUGGCCAGGGCCGAGCCGCUCAUCAACUACUGCGGCCACCACCACAUCUUCAUCAUCGCGCUCAUCAUAUACAUCGUCCGAUACGUCAGCUAUGCGUACAUCCUGGUUCCGUGGCUGUUUCUGGUGGCCGAGUCGCUGGAGAUGUUCACCGUGCACCUGGCCUGGCUGGCGGCCGUGCUGUUCGCUGCCAGCCAGAGCCGGCCCGCCACCGAGGCCACCGCGCAGGCCGUCAUCACAGUGGCCCACUUCGGCGUCGGUCGCGGUCUGGGCGCCGGCGUGGCGCUGCACCUGCUGCCGCACUACUCGGGUGAGGCGCUGCUCUGCAUGGGUUCCGUGGUGGCCGCCGGUGGCGCUGUGCUCUACAUGCUGCUCUACUACUGCUGCCGGGCGCUGCGGCCCCACCGCCCACCGUACGGACGACACAAGCGCGAAAUGUACAGCAGCAACGGUGCUAUGUUGAACGGCACAUACGCGCCGCUGAAGUCUCGCCACAACGGCGUCUGAGCCAGCGCCAACGGGGCCGGUCACAGCGGCUCCACCGGGGCCGGCCACAGAGACCCGUCACAGC